AUGAUAAAACACGGCGGAUUAACUAAAAAAAUGAGCCUGAGUGCGGGCGACGCCAGUGCCCUAACGUUGGAGAUCGGUCCGUUCGAAUCGGUGCACAGGUGGAAACGGAUGCCCGAAUGUGAUGAAUUCGUGGGAGCUAGGUACUUACUUAAUAUACGACGGAGCAAGCACACUGUAGUCGCGUACAAAGAUGCUAUCUACGUGUUCGGAGGGGACAACGGUAAGAGCAUGCUAAAUGAUCUGUUACGAUUCGAUGUCAAGGAGAAAAGUUGGGGCAGGGCGUUCGCGACUGGAACUCCACCGGCUCCGAGGUACCACCAUUCGGCGGUGGUCCACAACAGUUCGAUGUUUGUGUUCGGUGGCUACACGGGCGACAUUCAUUCCAACUCGAAUUUAACAAACAAGAACGAUCUGUUCGAAUACAAAUUCACAUCCGGGCAAUGGAUAGAAUGGAAAUGGUACCCGGGCCCGGCGCCCGUUCCCCGAUCUGCGCACGGAACAGCCGUGUUCGACAACAAAUUAUGGAUAUUCGCUGGGUACGACGGGAACGCCAGAUUGAACGAUAUGUGGACCAUUUCACUAGUGGGCGAAACGAAAGUUUGGGAAGAAGUUAGCCAAAAGGGGGAAUCCCCACCCACAUGCUGCAAUUUUCCGGUUGCCGUAGCCAGGGAUUGUAUGUUCGUGUUUAGCGGCCAAAGCGGUGCUAAAAUCACCAAUUCCCUUUUCCAAUUUAGCUUCACAGACAAAACAUGGACUCGGAUAUCGACCGAGCAUAUAUUGCGGGGCGCCCCAGCGCCUCCAGCCCGUCGCUACGGUCACACGAUGGUGGCCUACGAUCGACACCUGUACGUGUUCGGGGGCGCCGCGGAUUCGACCCUGUCGAACGAUUUGCACUGCUUCGAUUUGGACGCUCAGAAGUGGUCGAUUAUACUGCCCGAUCCGGAGUCGUUCGUGCCAUCGGGGAGGUUGUUCCAUGCUGCUGCGGUGGUCGGAGAUGCCAUGUUCAUAUUCGGGGGUACUGUGGAUAAUAACGUGCGUAGCGGAGAGAUGUACAGGUUCCAGUUCUCGAACUAUCCGAAAUGCACGCUGCACGAUGAUUACGGGCUGUUGUUGGAAUCUAGACAGUUUUGCGAUGUGAAAUUUAUUCUUGGGCCUGAAGAAAACGCGAUUUUAGGCCACGUGGCUUUGGUAGCUGCUAGAUCGGGGUAUUUGAGGAACAGAAUCCGUCAGGCGAAAGAGAAUCGCGAAAGGCAUUUGGAAAAGCUUUUCGGCACAUCGCAAGUUCCGUUUAGAGAUAUCCCAUUGCUGGAAGUUAAAUUGCCAGAUGCCAAUCCGGAGGCUUUCGAAAUGGUUCUAAAUUACAUCUACAUGGAUUGCAUAGAUCCCACGAAGCAAGCGAAAGACGAUGAGGAUCCCGUUUCUAACAGAAUUGUUCUUAGAAUGAUGGAUGUCUAUAGAUUAGCAGUGGAAUUCAACAUGGCUCGUCUGGAACAGCUCUGCGUUCAGUAUCUGAACGCUACGAUUUGCUUGACAAACGUCCUCGUGGCUCUGCACAACGCUGAUCAGCUGCAUUUGGAUUUCAUUAAAGAGUAUUGCUUGAGGUUCAUUGUGAAAGAGAGCAAUUACAACCAGAUAGUUAUGAGUUCCGAGUUCGAGUCGCUGGAGAGCCAUCUGAUGGUGGAGAUUAUUAGAAGGAAGCAAAUGCCUCAGUAUAAGGCUAAUAAUGAUGCGAUGUUCGACACGGCAGGGGGAUCUUUGGAGCAGGAUAUGGCGAUGUUUUUGAGAGUAACUGGAAAGGAAUUUUGCGAUAUAGACCUGAAAUUGGACGGGUUGUUGAUACCGGCGCACAAAACGAUUCUAGCUGCGAGAUGUUCGUAUUUCGAAGGAAUGUUUAGGUCUUUUAUGCCGGCGGAUAGUAAAGUUAACAUCCAAAUAGGCGAGCUGGUACCUUCAAGAGAAGCUUUCGAUUCACUUCUGAGGUACAUUUACUAUGGCGACGUUAACAUGCCUCCGGAGGAUUCCCUUUACUUGUUUUCUGCUCCCUAUUACUAUGGUUUUCACAAUAACAGGCUUCAGGCGUUUUGCAAGCAAAAUCUCGAGAUGAACGUGACUUUCGAAAACGUCAUUCAAAUUUUGGAGGCGGCCGAUAAAAUGAACGCGAUCGACAUGAAAAAAUACGCACUUGAUCUAAUCGUGCAUCAUUUUACAAAGGUUGCAAAAUUGCCAAAACUAAAAAUGCUGAGCAAGGAGUUGAUUCUGGAUAUUUUGGAAGUAUUGGCGGAGAGUAUGGAGCAGAACAUGAGAAACGACGUAUCGAGCACCUUGCUGAAUUUGGAUCCAUGA